AUGGCAACAUAUAUCUACAUCAACGGCUACCCCGCUGUUGGCAAGCUGACCGUGGCAAAGGAGCUGGAGAAGCGAAUACCCCGGUCUAAAGUCUAUGACAACCACCUCAUGAUCGACGGCGUCGCUGCCCUGGUUGAGCGCUCGUCGCCGCAUUACCAAGACUUGCGGACGGCUGCGCGCCGGUUCUUCCUGGACAUCAUCUCCACACACGACGUGACCGAUGGCGUGACGUGGAUCUUUACAGAUUCGAGGGAAAAGAGCGCCGAGGCUGCCGCCGCCGCUCAGGACUACAAAGAUGCUGCUGCACGGCGCAACGUUCCUUUCGUGUCGGUCAUUCUCCACUGUGAUGCCCAAGAGAACGAGAGGAGGAUUUUGGGAGAGGGGCGCGGCGGUCGAACAAACACGAAACCUGGUCGGAUGUAG